AAGCGAGAUAUUCAGCUGCUAAAAGCAUAUAUGCGUGCAAUCCGCAGUGUCAACCCCAACCUUCAGAACCUGGAGGAGACGAUUGAAUACAACGAGAUCCUCGAGUGGGUGAACUCCCUGCAGCCAGCAAGAGUGACUCGCUGGGGAGGAAUGAUCUCAACCCCGGAUGCUGUGCUUCAGGCUGUAAUCAAGCGCUCCCUGGUGGAGAGUGGGUGCCCUGCCUCUAUUGUCAACGAGCUAAUCGAAAAUGCCCACGAACGUAGCUGGCCCCAGGGUCUGGCCACACUAGAGACAAGACAGAUGAACCGGCGCUACUAUGAAAACUACGUGGCCAAGCGUAUCCCUGGCAAGCAGGCUGUUGUUGUGAUGGCUUGUGAGAACCAGCAUAUGGGUGAUGACAUGGUGCAGGAGCCGGGGCUUGUCAUGAUAUUUGCGCAUGGUGUGGAGGAGAUCUAGGAGAGCUCAAUCAGCUAUCAGGAAGAGAUGGAAAUUGGAACAACCCCAUCACUCUAGCAGCUGGGCCCUGAGUUCUCCCCACUGUCCUUAAUGUCACAGCUUACACUGCAGCCCCACACUCCCCCGCUCUUCUGACACUGAAGGGCCCUGGGGCACUUUGCUCAGCCUUCUGGGAAGGAAAUCCAGAUUCCUGCCUUUUUGCCAUAUUUCUUUCCCUAAAAUGUCAGUAAAUUCACAGUCUGGGUGGGAGAGUCCCAUCCCUGUAUUUUCCUGCAUAGGGUCACUGGUUCCAGAUAUUUUCAGAAAGCACAAAGAGAUUUGUUUUCCCUAGAGGAUCAGAGUGUAAUGAGGAAUUUCUAAUUGUCCCUCUUCUCCAAAACCAGAGCAUCGGAGCAGGCAGGCCUGUUGACUCUAAGCAGCAUUUAGAGGGAGCUCUGGGAAGCAGACACCCUGAAGAAAUGGUAAGGGUGGACCAAAACCCUAGAAUUAAAUAGGCCAGGAAUUGGCAUCACUGAUUGCCCUUAGGGGAGGACUGGACCUUGUGCCAAGCACAUCCCUAUUUAGCCCACCUAAUGGUAUAAGUUCCUGCUAGAUCUGCAGGUGUGCAGGCUGGGUCUGAAAAUUACCAGAUGAGCUCUUUUUUCCUAUACUUUUUCAUAAUUAGGGAAUGACAGGGUUGGGGAUAGGGGUUACCAUUGAGGUUCAUAUGCUCAGCAAGAAGCUGUUGUCUGGCUUAUGCUGUAAUAGGGUAGUCAGGCACUGCCUCUUAUGGCAUGUCCAUAAUAGUUCCAUAGAUCCCUCUCUAGCCCUGUGAUUGCAGUUAGUUAUUUUGAUAACUUCCUUUGGCUGUUUGUUUAUAUUUCACAAAUCCCAUGUGUUCCCUGUUUUUUUUGUUUUUGUUUUUUUUUAAGACUGGCCUGGUUAUAGAUAUCCUACUCUCUAUCCCGGCCACAUUG